AUGUUAUUUAUUAAUUGCAAUUUUCUCACUGGGAAGUUUAAGGGAGGUCUUAUGGUUUCUUGCGGGAAAGCUGGUAACCAAGAGAUCUAUCCAGUUGCUUUUGGUAUUGUACCUUGCGAAAAUUGUGAGAGUUGGGAAUGGUUCUUAACCAACUUGAAGGGUAUUAUCAGGGAAGACCGUCCACUGACCAUCAUAUCAGACCGUGGAGCUGGCCUAUUGAAGCAUGUCCCUGUGAUAUUACCAAAGGCUUACCAUUCUUACUGUUUGUACCACAUGAAAGGGAAUAUUCCGGUUCAAAAGGGAAAGAGCAGGCAAACUGCUGUGAAGUUGUUUGAAGAGUGCUACAUUUCCUUAACAAAGGAGAAGUUUUAUGCUUCUGCCAAGAGUAUGAGAAAUCUCAAGCUUGAUUCAGUGAUUGAUUGGAUGGUAAAGAUUCCAUUCCAGAACUGGGAAGCUCAUGCUUUUCAAGGAGAAAGGUUUGGUGAGAACACAUCGAACAUUGCAGAGAGUUUUAAUAGUGUGAUUAAGCAUGAUAAGCGGCUUCCAGCACUUGAGCUUGUGGAUUGUAUUCGUGCUAAGGUAAUGGAGCAGAACUACAAGAGGUUGGUGGAGUCUAAUAAGUGUACUUCAAGGCUUACUCCCCGGAUGCAAGCUCUGCUCAACAAGAGGGUGACCUACUGCCGUUUCUACAAGUUUCGAAGAACAAAUUGGCCAGAUGAACCUUAUAAGUACAUUAUUCCGUAUUAUACCACCGAGUACUAUAGAGGUUUGUAUGCUCGUCCUAUCUAUCCUAUCCCCGAUAGUGAGAGGCCGCCUAAAAUUAAUGAGGAAGGUUAUGUUUUGCCUCCCAAUGGUGGUCGAGAGUCAGCUGGAAGGGCAACUACUUCAAGGUACAGGGGUUCUCGAGAGAAAGUUCGCAAUAAAAGGAAGUGUGGUCAGUGUGGGAGACUUGGCUUCCACAACAGUCGUAGAUGUCGCACAUCUCCUUUGGCUCCUCGUGCACCAUUGUUUCGCAGGGAGUCUAAUUCCAGGAUGAUCAACUUUUUGAGGAGGAUGUUUUUCUGA